AUGGAGCCACGCUGGUUUGUCCUCCUGGGCAUUGCUCUGUCCGUGUUUUGCCGAGCCUUGUAUCUUUGGCUUACUCGUCUGCCUCUUCCACCGGGCCCUCCUGCCCUCCCAAUCCUAGGAAACAUCCUAUCGAUGCCCAAAACCCACUCCUUCAAGCAGUUCCACGCCUGGAAGCAACAGUACGGCCCCAUCUUCCGUCUCCUCGCAGGCAAGGACACCAUUAUCGUCCUGGGCGACCAAGCCACCGCCCACGAGCUCCUCAACAAGCGGAGCACAAACUACUCUGACCGCCCGCGCCUGCCAAUGGCCUCGGAGCUGCUCUACAAGGGCGACCACAUGCUCGUCCGCCGCUACGACGACAAGUACCGCGCCCACAGGCGCAACCUGGGCCAGCUGUUCACGCGUCGUGCGACCCAAGCCGUCACGCCCCUCGCGGACAUGGAGAGCAUCGCCUCGCUGCGGCAGCUGCUCAGCUUCGUCGAGGGCAGCCAGGAGGCCCGCCGCGCCGCCCGCGCGUACGUGCGGCACGUCCACGACCAGCGGCCGCUCUUCGACGCCUACUGCGCCCUCGUGAUGGCGCUGCACCGCUUCACGGCGUCCAUGUCGUACACGCUGCUGUACGGCUUCCGGGUCGAGACGGGCGAGGAGCCGGUGAUGGCCGACGCCCAGGUCAUCGAGGACCACUUCGCGCGCGCCAUGAGGCCGGGCGUGUGGCCCUGCGACAUGUUCCCCGCCCUCAACUACCUCCCCUCGUGGCUCGCGCCGUGGAAGCGCACGGCGGAGGAGUGGUACCGCUUCGAGCGGGAGCACCACAUGCGCGGCAACGCGAGGGGCCGCGCCAGCCGCGCGUGGAACUGGACCAAGGCGCUGGCGGGAGCCAAGACCGCCGCGCGGCUGAACCCGGAGUCGCUCGCGUACGACGCCGGGAUCCUCAACAACGCGGCGCUGGACACGACGACGCAGACGCUCGAGAUGUUCGCCAUGGCGGCGGUCGAGAACCAGGACAAGAUGCGCAUCGCGCGGGACGAGAUCGACCGCGUCGUGGGCCGCGGGCGCCUGCCGUCGCCGGCGGACGAGGAGGACCUGCCCUACGUGCGCGCCGUCGUCGAGGAGACGCUACGCUGGCGGCCUAUCAUCAUCGGCGGGGUGGCGCACGCCAGCAUGCGCGAGGAUGUUUAUAACGGUUACAGGAUCCCCGCGGGCUCUAUUGUUAUCCCGAACAAUUGGUCUAUCCACAUGGAUGAGAGCAUAUACAAAGACCCCCAUCUCUUCCACCCGGAGCGCUGGCUCGAGGACCCGGGCCUCCCCGCGCCGGUGGGAUUCGGGUUUGGCCGCCGCGUAUGCAUGGGCGAGCCGAUUGCGCGCGGCUCGCUGUUUCUCAUGGUUUCAAGGCUGCUGUGGGCAUUUGAGUUUAGGAGGCAGCUGGACGAGGCGGGCGGCGAGAUCGCAGUGGACACCAUGGAUGUGGCGGACUAUUUCAUCGUGAGGCCCAAUCCGUUCCCUGUGAGAGUCACCUGCAGGCACGAGUCAGUACGAAAGGUCGUGGAUGAUGCUUGGAAUGAGGUUGAGAAGGAUCCCGAUGCUAUUAUGGAGGAGAUGGGGAAGCGCUUUGAGGGAAAAAUGAGAUGA